CGGAGGGCGGCUGAGUGCGGCCAAGGGUCCGCGCGGUGACCUCCUGUCGCCGUGCGCUCCCCUUCAGUGAGCCUGUUCGCCACGGGGACCAAGCCCGCUGGCUGCAGAGACCCGGCUCCGCGGCGGCGGUGGAAAGCUCUCGCUGUCCCGCUCUACGCGGGACUGAGCUGUCGGCGCUGUCCUGGCGCGAUGCGCUGAGCGCCCAGAGGGCUGAGCGCCCGGCUCCCCCGCUGCACCCAGAGCCGACCCCAUGGAACCAGCAGGCACCAGGCGGAGCCUGCUGGCGCCGCCGCCUGGGCUUCUGCUGCUGCUGCUCCUGCAGGUGGCGGGACCCGCGGGCACCCUGGCAGAGACCCUCCUAGACUCUCCGAAGGCCAGGGGCACCAGUUCCAGCCCGCCUAGCCCGGCGAGCGUGGUGGCUCCGGGAACCACGCCAUUUGAGGAAAGUCGUCUGCCGGUGUUCACUCUGGAUUACCCCCACGUGCAGAUCCCCUUCGAGAUCACCCUGUGGAUCCUGCUGGCCUCCCUGGCCAAGAUCGGCUUCCAUCUCUACCACAAGUUGCCCACCAUCGUGCCCGAGAGCUGCCUUCUCAUAAUGGUGGGACUUCUACUUGGUGGCAUUAUCUUUGGUGUGGAUGAGAAGUCGCCCCCCGCCAUGAAGACCGACGUGUUCUUCUUGUAUCUCCUGCCACCCAUCGUGCUGGACGCCGGCUAUUUCAUGCCCACUCGCCCCUUCUUUGAGAACAUAGGCACUAUUUUCUGGUAUGCCGUGGUGGGAACACUGUGGAAUUCCAUCGGCAUCGGGGUGUCCCUGUUUGGCAUUUGCCAGAUUGAAGCCUUCGGCCUCAGUGACAUCACUCUGCUCCAGAACCUGCUCUUUGGCAGUUUGAUCUCAGCCGUGGACCCCGUGGCCGUGCUCGCCGUCUUUGAGAACAUCCACGUCAACGAGCAGCUCUACAUCCUGGUCUUUGGGGAGUCCCUGCUGAACGAUGCUGUCACAGUGGUCCUCUACAACUUGUUCAAAUCCUUCUGCCAGAUGAAAACCAUUGAGACCAUCGACGUGUUUGCAGGAAUCGCUAACUUCUUUGUGGUGGGAAUUGGCGGAGUGCUGAUUGGCAUCUUCCUGGGAUUUAUAGCAGCGUUUACUACUCGUUUCACACACAAUAUCCGUGUGAUUGAGCCGCUCUUUGUCUUCCUGUACAGCUAUUUGUCCUACAUAACAGCUGAAAUGUUUCAUCUCUCAGGCAUCAUGGCAAUCACAGCGUGUGCCAUGACGAUGAAUAAGUACGUGGAAGAAAACGUAUCUCAAAAGUCCUACACGACCAUCAAGUAUUUCAUGAAGAUGCUGAGCAGCGUCAGCGAGACUUUGAUCUUCAUCUUCAUGGGCGUGUCCACGGUGGGGAAGAACCAUGAGUGGAACUGGGCCUUCGUCUGCUUCACCCUGGCCUUCUGUCUCAUCUGGCGAGCGCUGGGUGUCUUUGUCCUCACUCAGGUCAUUAACUGGUUCCGGACCAUUCCCCUGACCUUCAAGGAUCAGUUCAUCAUUGCCUACGGAGGGCUCCGAGGCGCCAUCUGCUUCGCCCUGGUGUUUCUCCUCCCGGCCGCCGUGUUCCCCCGGAAGAAGCUGUUCAUUACAGCAGCCAUCGUGGUCAUAUUCUUCACGGUCUUCAUCCUGGGGAUAACCAUCCGGCCACUGGUGGAGUUCCUUGAUGUCAAGAGAUCGAAUAAGAAGCAGCAGGCUGUCAGUGAAGAGAUCCACUGCCGGUUUUUUGAUCAUGUGAAGACUGGCAUUGAAGACGUUUGUGGACAUUGGGGUCACAACUUUUGGAGAGACAAGUUUAAGAAAUUUGAUGACAAAUACCUUCGGAAGCUUUUGAUUCGGGAAAACCAACCCAAGUCAAGCAUUGUGUCCUUAUAUAAAAAGCUGGAAAUAAAACAUGCUAUUGAGAUGGCAGAGACUGGAAUGAUAAGUACUGUCCCCUCUUUUGCAUCCCUAAAUGAUUUCCGUGAAGAAAAAAUAAGGAAGCUCACGCCUGGUGAAAUGGAUGAAAUUCGAGAAAUAUUAUCCAGGAAUCUGUAUCAAAUCCGUCAGAGAACUUUGUCGUACAACAGACACAACUUGACAGCAGACACCAGCGAGAGACAAGCCAAAGAGAUUCUGAUCCGCCGCAGGCACAGUUUGCGGGAAAGCAUCAGGAAAGACAACAGCUUGAAUCGAGAGCGCAGGGCUUCCACUUCAACAUCCAGAUAUUUAUCCUUACCCAAAAAUACAAAGCUUCCAGAAAAGCUACAAAAGAAAAAGAAUAUUUCUAAUGCAGAAGAGGAAAGUCUAAGGAUUGCUGGUGAUAAUGGAGGGCGAGAUGGCAACAGCAGCGACUCGGACGUGGACACCGGGACCACCGCGCUGAAUUUGCAGCCCCGAUCCAGGCGCUUCUUGCCGGAACAGUUCUCCAAGAAAGCCUGCCAGCCCUAUAAGAUGGAAUGGAAGAACGAGGUGGACGGAGAUUCUGGCCGAGGGCAGCCCGGCCCGUCGCCCGCACCCCGCAGCAAAGAGGGGGGCACCCAGACGCCGGGCGUCCUGCGCCAGCCCCUCCUCUCCAAGGACGGCUUCGGCCGGGGCAGGGAAGACAGUUUGACUGAAGACGUGCCACCCAGGCCUCCUCCCAGGCUGGUCCGCAGGGCCUCGGAACCUGGAAACCAGAAAGCCCGAUUCGGGAGUGAAAAGCCCUGAUGGAAAUGGCCCAGGCGGAAUCCCUUUCAAAUCCUCCAUCUGAAUGCUGUCUUUGGAUGGUAGAGUCAAGAGUGAUUGAUGGGAAGGAUGUUUAUCCCAAGGAGGGGGACAUCAAAGAAAGUUCAGUCCCACAAAAAUCUCUUCUGUGACUUGUGGCUUGCAAAUUGUACUCGAGAUGCAAGACUAGACUGAAGGAAAAAAAAAAAAAGUGUGCCUUUAAAAAUCGAACUU